GCAGUGACGUUCACAUGAAGAAAGAGAUAUUUGACGCGUACUCCCGCGGCGCGUCUGGCGCACUAUAAAACCCGGCGCGCACCGAGCGCACCGAAGAGCAGACGAGACGCCACGAGACAGCGCGCAAUUCUCCCCGUUGACCCUCUGGGAAAUAUGCAUCCUAACUUGGUGAGCUGCUUGGGGACCCUGGGGUUCCUUCUGUGGGCGCUGCUGUGCCUGGGCGCCCUGACGGAGGGAUACCCGGUGAAACCGGAGAACCCCGGAGAGGACGCCCCAGCGGAGGAACUGGCCAAGUACUACUCAGCCCUGAGACACUACAUCAACCUCAUUACAAGGCAGAGGUACGGGAAGAGGUCCAGUCCUGAGAUCCUGGACACGCUGGUCUCAGAGCUGCUGCUGAAGGGAAGCACAGACGCACUUCCACAGUCAAGAUAUGACCCAUCGUUGUGGUGAUGAUGUCAUCGGUGUUGGCUGGACCUCACUGCCGCCCCAUCACUGCUGAUAUUCUGACCUCUACACAUCUGUCCCACCACCACCACCCUGCCUCUGUCCCUUUCACCUCUAUCGCCCGCCGUCUACAUUCAGCCCCUCGUCGUCACCCAACCUGCUGCUUAGAGUAUAUGUCAUAAAACUGUAAAUAGUUUAUUCAUGUGUGAAACACUGAAGUGGGGAGGGGCAUGUUGAUUGUAUUGUAAAAUUGUGAAAUAAAGACUCAUUGUUUGAAGAAA